AUGCAUUCGACGUACUGCUGGUUCUCUCAACCUUUCAGCCUCACAACAGCUUUCCUUUUACAUUCUUUCAUACUUAUCCAGUGGGUUAUGAGCCGUGAAAUGGCAGACAAAAAGCGCGAACCCACCGAAUCAUCACGUACGAAAUCACUACGGUCCUCAGAAGCACGGACCGCCGUCACUGGUCCGCUAUCCGUCCGAUUCUUGGGGAAAACUAUCAGAGGUGUGGGAGCCACACCUGGAUGCAAUGGGACGGAACAAUCGCAUUCCGGUGAAGCGAACCGCAAUACGAACCUUCUCACUCAUGUUGUGGACGAGGGCGCACCGACAACCCCGGUGGAACCUUCGGAAGAAAGGGAAUCAAAAAAAGAUUUAGACAGUUUUCUCUGGGGUAAUUACAAGGUCUACAGGAAAAAAGCUGCUUUCGCCCACCCUACAGCAGCUAUUCAUGAACCUACGACAUUAGGUCAUGUUGAUAGGAGCCGGCCCCUUCCUGCACAUCCUGAACCAGAAGAAUGUCUGACAACUCGAUCUUUGAUUAACUUACGGCUCCCGAAUCCAUCCAUGUUCGAGAUUAGACCGCCAGCCGCCGAGUGUCCCAUCCUCCUCCGAUCCUGGCUUUCGAACUUGUUCCUUGCACACCCUGAUUUAGGAAGGAUCCUGCGCACCCCUGCAUCCUCUGCGGUUCCAGUCAUCUCUCGAAAUAUCCAAACCUCGGAUCUCUUACACCGAAUCGAAUUCCAUUCCCCUCGAGCUAUUUUACGGGUUUGUCGGUGCAACAGACAUGAGAUACCAGAAGUGACUGACUUGGAAUUGGAUUGGUUCUUGAACUACGCAGUUCCACCUACCCAAGCGGUGAUCAUGGUUGUGUUCGACUCCAGAGAUGUAACCAGUCGAGAGACAGCAAAUUUCCAGUUCUUUCGCCGACUAUACACUGAGCAGCAUCGAUCCGCAUCGUUCCCAAAGAUGAUGAAGACGGACCUAUUUCCCAAGCAUAAUUACAGUGAGACUUCCUCCAACUUGCAAAGUAAACCAGCUUCACGUAGUGUUCAGCACGGUAGUCUGGGUACAGGUGCGUGUGUCUCAAUGAACACAAAACUGGCUCGAUAUCGUUUUGUAUGCUACGAUUUAGCACAACACGCAACAGUGAUUGAUCAAGUCAAGCAACAGGAAUCCCUACUUCGGAAACGCCAUGGUCAAAGGCCGAAAGUUGGGGACUGUUUGAUAUUCCUAGGUGGAAGAUUGUGCUUCCUUCGUUCCCACCUGAACGGUUGUCCAGAUGCAGUGCCAUCCAAAAGACAACUGGAAGACAAGUUAACACAAUGCACAAAUGCCUUACUUCGUGAUGGAUUCGCUUUCCCGAUGGACUACCAAUUCCAGUGAAACAGUAUUACCUUUGUUUUUCUCACCGCACUGUAUUUUUUAUCCAUUACUGAUCAUCGUUGAGCUGUGCAUUCGGAAAACAAAACUGACUUAUGUUUAUC